UACUCCAGGCCACGGGGAAUACGGUGGGUCAGCCACAUAAGAACCACAAAUGCGCACUAAUUGCCGCCCAGCAAAUGACAAAACCAUGUACAAGAUGCCAAUCUGAAUACUUGCGGUAAUGCGAGUUCAUAUUCAAAGCGUCACAUUUCGGUUCGAAUGGCCGGCAUAUAUCAUUCGCUGGCCAGAACUCAAAUGGAAAGCCACAGAAUGUCGUCCCCAAUUGGAACACAGAUGGCCCAGUUGGUCCUGGGACAACAACAUGGUGCUCAUGGAGAGCUAUUUCUUUUGUGCUUCGGUACGACUGGGUGUCCUGGUCACUUGCAUCGCAGCCAUCAUAAAAAACACCAUCUUCAUGUGGCUGAUAUUCGCCAACGGAACAACUUUCCUGUAUUUCUUCAUCAACAUUCUGGAAACCUAUUACAAAACCAGCAGGAUUGUUAAGGAGUCUGUCACCUGGGCGGAACAUUAUUCCAAGGAGCUCAUGGUGUUUAUGCAACUCUACAGUUUUUGCUACAUUGCAACUUGUGUUUUGGCGGCUUAUGGAGCAUAUAAGCUUAAGAAAUAUCACGUUGUACCAUUGGCUAUCUUCGAGUUCAUUUACACAGUACAAGUAGUUGUACUCGUCAUUAUAACGCUACGGAUUGCCAGACACAUUGUGCCAUUGGCCACCUUAAUUCUGAUGACCCUUGCCCUUUCAUUUUACGCAAUGCUUGUGGCCUACGACACAUUGGCGUUGAUUGCCUUCGUGCAAAUAAUGUUCCUAGUGCGGAGUCAACGUUAUAUACGACUUUACGGUCCAGAUCCUUUGAAUCCCGUAACAAACGGAGUGCAAUCCAAGCAAAUGGCAUCUAUUAAUCCGAUCUCACAACAGCCAAUAAUUAUUUACGUAAUGCCAAAAGCCGGGCAAAAAUUGUGGGAUUUGCCACAAUCGAAGUGGUGGCAGGAUGAAAAAACUGAUGACAACGUUCCACAAAAUAUAAAUUAUGAAGAGUCCUCUGAAUUUUUUCAGCGGCAGGAGCUUUUGUCAAAAGUUUUACUACGCAAUGCCAUCAAAGAAGACUAUCUACACAAGGAAAGAGUUGCAAUCUAA